AAGUGUUACAGCCAUCUGGAAUCAGCGAAUUGAUGAAUGACGGAGAUCAACACCAGUCAAGAGGCAAAUUCUUCAAACAAGCGAUCUUGCUCGCUACAGGGUGCGAACGGCGACACCCGAUAUAUUCAGACGAAAUACCACGAAACACAUGUGAUGGCACAAGCUUUGAAGAAUCAACACGAGUAGAGAUUCAUUGUGGGGGCAUCUGAUAAGGUAUCUCGGCUACUUGUCGUUGGUAGCGACAAACCUGUUCCAUAUGUGCAUGCGGGCGAUUUUCCUUUCUGUCGUUGAUGGUGAGUUUCAGAAUUGGCGCCUGGCUUCCGCGAG